AGCUCGGAGGGGGCGUCGACCUAUCCGCCAGUCAUUAAUAGAGGGGCGUGGUCUUAGCCGACCGUCUACCAGCAAGCGGGCGUGGCCAUAACUGCAAUUCUUUCACAGAGCGGAUGGGCUCCCAGCGGCCUGUCCAUCACAGAGGGGGCGGUCUCCAAGUCACAUGUCCAUCACUGAGGGGGCGGAUUCCCAUUCGCCUGUCCAUCAGAAGGGGUGGGCCCCAACUUGACUAUCCAUCAAAAGGGGAGGCGGGUCGUAGGCGCCAGUCUAUAAGAAAGGGGGCGUGGCCCACACGCGACAAUUGGAGGGGGCGGGGCUCUCUGGGAGCACGCGGAGCGCCAACGGCAGGGAGGCGGACUCGGGGUUUAAUCUCCGUUAAACCCGCAGCUUCGCUCGUCCACCCCCCCGAUUCGCGCGUGGUUCCUUCUCAGCGGCCGCGGCUCCCCAUCGUGCCCCGGCGAUGUACCGUGCCCACCUUGGGUGCCACCCUGGCGGCGGCCUUUCAUGAGUGCCCCGAUGUGCAUGGCCGCCGUCCCCUACCGCUGGCCUCCCCGCUUCCCGCUGCCCGUGUCGGAUGUGCGCGCUGACUGCGCCCGCCCAGCCGCCGCUCGACACCAUCAGCGGCUGCCCGCUCCGUGCGUCAGCGCGUCCCGUCCGGAGCCGCAGCCCCAGCCCCAGCCUUGGCCCCGCACCGCCUGAGGGAGGUUAGACCAGGACAGGCCAGCCCAGGACACCAGCUUCCCGUGCCGUGCCGUGCCGCCCCCUCCCCCCGGCCCCUCUCUGUCUCUGUCCUUCCUCUCGCCGUUGGCCGCCAUGGAGCUGCUGUGUUGUGAGCCGGAGACGGUGAGGAGGGCGCUGCCCGACCCCAAGCUGCUGCGAGAUGACCGUGUGCUGCACAAUCUGCUCGCGCUCGAGGAGCGCUAUUUGCCGGCCUGCUCCUACUUCAAGUGCUUGCAGCUGGACAUCCAGCCCUACAUGCGGAGGAUGUUGGCCGCCUGGAUGCUCGAGGUCUGUGAAGAGCAGAGGUGUGAGGAGGAAGUCUUUCCUUUGGCAAUGAAUUACCUGGACAGAUUCUUAUCGAUUGUACCAAUUACCAAAAGCCACCUGCAGCUACUUGGAGCUGUGUGUCUGUUCCUUGCAUCAAAGUUCAAAGAAAAUAUUCCUUUGACAGUGGAAAAACUUUGCCUAUAUACUGACAACUCUAUCAGACUACAUGAACUUUUGGAGUGGGAGUUGAUCGUUUUAGGAAAGUUGAAGUGGAAUCUUGCAGCUGUAACUCCACAUGACUUCAUUGAACACAUUCUGAAGAAGCUGCUGCUUUCUGAAGACAAGCUGCACCUCAUCCGAAAGCAUGCACAGACCUUUAUUGCUCUUUGUGCCACAGAUUUUAAGUUUGCCAUGUAUCCGCCAUCAAUGAUAGCGACUGGAAGUGUUGGGGCAGCAAUAUGUGGACUUCAGCUGGAUGUUGGUGAUAGUUCACUUUCAAGUUAUAACCUGACAGAUCACCUGGCCAAGAUCAUACACACAGAUGUGGAUUGUCUGAAAGCUUGCCAGGAACAGAUCGAAUCAUUGCUGGUCAACAACCUGAGACCGACUGAGCAGGACCAUUCAAAGAGGGUGGAUGAACUGGACCAGGCAAGCACACCCACAGAUGUGAGAAAUGUAAAUCUGUGAGGCUACAGGAGUGGAAAAGGCUAUGUGUGAUCUUCCCUUUAGGAAGAUUUUUUUUUGUUUUUCCUUUUUAAAAAUGCUCCUACAUAGAAACUAUCUAAAGCUUCUUUUAGAAAACAAAACUGAUAUUAAAACUAUGGUGCCUAUGGUGUUCUGCAGAAGGGAAUCCCACCUUUAUUUGUUUGCAUAAUUGCUGUUUUAUUAUUGACAAUGAACAUGCUUAAGAAGCAUAAAAAUAGCUAGCUAAAUGCAGGCCUGUGUAUGUGGGGUUACAUGAUUAGAUAUUUACUGUUCUAUUUUAUGGUGCAUGCACCCUCUUCAAUAUAUGAAAAAUUGUGGCUCAAUUUAGAUUGCAAAGCAAUAGCCUGAGUGAGGUGGGGAGGGUUGCUGGAAAAUAGUCUUCUCUUUUGUGAGUGAACCAUCUUCAGUGUGGAUGGAUUGCAAUACUGCCUUAACAUAUUGAACUUGAGUGAAGUUUGGUUAUGGGCGGGAUUGCUGUUCUGUGGAUUUGUUUGACCUUAAUUAAUGAAUGCAUAUGUGGAAGGUUCCUAUUUAAACCAACUUGAAAGUCUAUGUCAUGGCUGUGCUGUGUACAUUUUCUCAUCAUAUCUGUUUCUUCCUAUUGUCACUACUA